AUGUUUGAUGAGCCAAACAGCAGGGCGUUUCAUGUCCUUGCCCUCUUCUUGUUUGCUAAGCUGGAUCUCUACUGCCCAGAAGAAACUUUCGGAGACUGUUCCUUUCCAGCAGCAAAAUGGACUUACCCUGAAUUUAGGAAGUGGUGCUACGUAUGGCUAAAAGAUAUUGCAGACAAACAUCAAAGCUGUCUUCCACAAAUGACACCUUCUACAUUAAUGUCUCCUGGUGGUCCUAAAUUUGUUCACCUCUUCUAUUGGUUUGCAAGACAUGUAGUGGUUGAGGACAUGAAAACAAACUCCUUAGGCACUGAUACACCUUUUUCUGAAGCUUUAAAGUUGAGACCUAAGGAUGUGCACAUGGCAAAGGCAAGAUGUAGAGUUGCAUACAAUAAACUUCUGCAAAUUUUUCAAAAGCAAGAUUUUGUUAUUCGAGAGUAUGAGAAAAAAGCACAGCUUUUAAUUAAAGAAAUAAAACAGAUACAGUCUGAAUAUGCAGUCCUGGAGAUACAGCCUUGCAAGAUGAAACAAAAUGACCAAACCAAAAAUGACAAAACUGAGAGAAUUCAAAAGGUGCGCAGUAUGUGGACGCAUAUAAUAGAAGUGCUUACAUCUCUGAAAAAGGAAAAGGAAGUUGUGGAUUCUGUAUUUGGUGAACUUGAAGAUCGUGAUGAUCAGUGCAUUUUAGAUGGAACGAAUGUUGUUUUCAGUGUUCCACAGCUGUUGGCUCACAGAGUUGAAAGUAGCAUACACCAACUUUGUACAGGAAAUGUAUAUGAAGCUGAAAACCUGAAUUUCUUAACAGUCAUUCAGUUAUUAAAUGAAGCCCUGAGGACACUGAGAGAUGAACGUUGUCAACCUGAAUUAGAACAACUUUGCGUCAUUGAGAAUGGAAUUACACGCUGCAAUACAGUACUACAGAAUUUGAAAGCAAAGAGGCUAGAAAUAGAGCAACGUUGUGUGACAAUGAGUGGAUCUACUUCUGGAAAACAAGAAGACUGGGAAGUGAAGUGGAAAAGCUUUCUUGGCCUGUGCCCUUUAAAUUUAAUCGUAGAUCAAGAUCCAGAACUUGGUUUGUUGUGCCCUUUGCCAGCCCAUUCUUUUAAUCUCGCAGAAGAAGAAGAUGAGGAUAGCACCUUUUGUCAAUAUCUAGUAUCAGUUUCAGAUGUUUGUGACUCUAUUCGUGAAGUACAUUAUGAGAAAGGUGAUGGGGCAUUGAAAACUAUGAUGGAUAAGUCAACACUACCACCAAGACGGUAUGAUGUUAAUGCCCCAAGGAUCUCUUCGGUGCCUAUGGAGUUUUCAAAAACAUCUGAAAACAGAGAUGUGCUAAUUGAAAAGAACUCACAUAUUGAAACGUGCAAGGGGGAGAAACCUAUGUCUCCGAAGGUCUUGAAAAAUGGAAAGGAUGAGUCUGCCAUUUCAGAAUUGUGGAAGAGGGCAGGUGGUAUUGUUAUCCAAACAGAGUCUCCCGCCAAAAAAGAAGACCCUCUUAAGAAAGCCAGAGAUGAACUGGCAGAAGAGGUUGCAAAAGCAGUGGUGUCUGAGUCGCCUCAGAGUGGUGAAGGAAAAAGCAUGGCAUUGGAAGAUCUCAUUAGUUCACUAGCUUUUAACCCGUUUUUAACAAGGAGACAAAUUCCCAGAACUCCAGAAAAUCUGC